CGGGGCGGAGCGCUCAGCCGGCGCCCGUGGUGUGAAGUGCCCGCCCGCCGCUGCCACCGCCGCCGCUGCCGCCAUGGCGCUCCUGCACAGCCGCCGGCUCCUCGCCGCCCCGCGCCUCGCCGCCGCCGCCUCCCGCGCCAGCUCAUGGUGGUCCCACGUGGAGAUGGGUCCCCCCGACCCCAUCCUGGGGGUGACAGAAGCUUACAAGCGUGACACCAACUCCAAGAAGAUGAACCUGGGAGUGGGAGCGUAUCGGGAUGACAACGGGAAGCCGUAUGUCCUGAACUGUGUCCGCAAGGCGGAGGCCAUGAUAGCAUCCAAGAAGAUGGAUAAGGAGUACUUGCCCAUCGGGGGACUAGCGGAUUUCACCCGGGCAUCCGCAGAACUGGCUCUGGGGGAAAACAGCGAGGCUUUCAAGAGCGGCCGGUAUGUUACUGUGCAGGGUAUUUCUGGGACUGGAUCUCUGCGAAUUGGAGCCAACUUUUUGCAACGAUUCUUCAAAGCCAGCCGUGAUGUGUAUCUACCCAAACCGUCCUGGGGCAAUCACACUCCCAUUUUCCGUGAUGCUGGCAUGCAACUUCAGGCUUAUCGCUACUAUGACCCCAAGACGUGCAGCCUUGACUUCUCUGGGGCCAUGGAUGACAUUUCUAAAAUUCCAGAGAAGAGCAUCAUCCUCUUACAUGCUUGUGCUCACAACCCCACUGGGGUGGAUCCCCGGCAGGAGCAAUGGAAGGAGCUGGCAGCUACAGUGAAGAAACGAAACCUCCUCGUGUACUUUGACAUGGCCUACCAGGGCUUUGCCAGUGGGGACAUCAACCGGGAUGCCUGGGCUGUGCGGUAUUUCAUUGAGCAGGGCAUCAACAUCGUCCUGUCGCAGUCCUUUGCUAAGAACAUGGGGCUGUACGGAGAGCGUGCGGGUGCCUUCACAGUGAUCUGCAGUGAUGCAGAUGAAGCCAAGCGGGUGGAAUCACAGCUGAAGAUCCUCAUCCGCCCCAUGUAUUCCAACCCACCUGUGAACGGAGCACGCAUUGCCUCUAUGAUCCUCAACACCCCUGACCUACGGAAAGAGUGGCUCACAGAGGUGAAGGGCAUGGCUGACCGGAUCAUCAGCAUGCGGACUCAGCUGGUGUCCAACCUCAAGAAAGAGGGAUCCUCCCACAACUGGCAACACAUCACUGACCAGAUCGGCAUGUUCUGCUUCACAGGGCUGAAGCCUGAGCAGGUGGAGCGGCUGAUCAAGGAGUUCUCAGUCUACAUGACAAAGGAUGGACGCAUCUCUGUGGCGGGAGUUACGUCAGGCAAUGUGGGUUACCUGGCUCAUGCCAUCCAUCAAGUCACAAAGUAAAGACAAAGGGGUGCCCUGGAGCUGGUGGCUUUCCCUUCCUCACCAGUCGAAGAUGAGGAGGGAAAAGAAACAAGCAGAAUACUUCAACCACAGCACUUGAAGCCGCUGCUGAAUGUAUCUUGUAGAUGAGUUGUAGAAGCCUAGUCAAAUCCACCCAGUGUUGUGGAGCAGGGACAUAAUUGCUGCCUCCUGCUCGUCAUAGACGCUCUUCCCUGCUCUCCGUCCUUUCUCCAUCAGCCCCAGCACCUAUCUAUGCUGGAGGAAGCAAAUGCUAGCAAUGCCAUCCUACCAGUGUAGGCACCAAAGGCUUCUCCGCACACGUUUCUCCAUGAGAAGGCUUUGUGAGGCUUUUGGCUGCUGGCCUAAGCAGCAGCAGGUAGGGAGCUGGGUGUGCUGAGCUGGAGGGCUGCUCUGGUGUGCUCCCCCAAGCUCCUCAGCCAGUCCCUGCUGCCAGCAGGCUCCAUCCUCCUCCAUCAUCCCAGCCUGGGGCUGGGCAGCACCAAAGCUGUCCUCUGACAACCAGCUCUGAGGACUUCUCACUACCAAACUCUGCUCCAUCGUUGGCUUCGCUCUUUCCAUCUGGGACUCUCCUUUCAGGUGUAAUUCACAGUGGCAUCAGUGCGUGGGGCAGACCAGUGUCCCUCUUUUAAACCUGUCUCACUUUCAUACCUGGAGGUGAAAAAAUUUCUCACCCUCCCCCCACCCCCCAAUAAGAAUCUCCUCUGAAAACUGCUCUCUGGUGGUCUCUGCCUCACCCCAUUCCUGUCCUAAGCCCAGCAGUCCAGCCCUUUACCUCCAGCAGCCCUCCCUGCAGUCUUUGUUGCAUGUCCCAAACCUGUCAGCCAAGAGGCUGGCCCUGCAGUAUCCCCCUCGUGUGGAGGUGUGGGGCAUCCCUCUGCUCUGUUCAACCACAUAUCUGGUGACACCAGAAAACAGAUCUUGAGACAAAUCUGAGAGCUGAUGACUCAAAAACCAUUCUGUCCUUCUAAGCCAAGUGUCCCUGAGGUCCUGUGACUUACUGGACUCUGAUUUUUAAUCCAAAUAAACUGGUGCAUGGCUGUGUUGAGCUGGGGACUUAUCCUGUCAUUGUGCAGCUGGAUCCUGUCCCUUCCAUGCACCAAACAUUCCCUCUUGGGGCCGUGCUAGCACAGGGGAUCUUACAUGACCAGUGUAACCCUCAUCUCUGGAGAAUCCCAUGCAGAGAGACAGUUCCCACUGAUGGGCCCCAGGAGCACAGUGUGUGUGAACUGACGUUGUCCAGGUGUGAGCUAGUGUCAUGGAGCUGGAAUUUGAGUCUAUGGUGUUGAGCAUAGGUGUUGCUGGCGAGAGGACAAAUUCCCAAAAGCUGUCUGCCUUGGGCCAUGGGGCCAUCUUUGGCCACUGCCCCACGAUGAAGUGGAGCCUCCCUAGGCGGAGCUGGAGGCAUUACCUUUUAAGUCUGUGCGCUGUCUCCAUCCACAGGCACCUCUUCUCUCAGCAGCCAUGCCAGGGUAUUUAGCAGGGCAGUCCUCAUUUCCCAUUCCUGCCCAGGGCAGCUGUGUGCCCAUUGGAGCUGGGACAGGUCCAGUCUGGUGCACCUGUCCCGGUCAGGUGCACGUUGUUGCCAGACUUGCUGCAAGGCUGGAUCCUCCCGCCGCUCCCUGACAGAAGGUUUCCGCUCCCACGCCGCUUGUUUACUGGCCCGAUGCCCACAGCCGCUGCUUGCUGUCCUUUGUGCAAUAAACCGCUUUCCAUGCCGCACACGCCGUAGGUGCUGCCCCACGGCGCUGUGGCUUCCUGUGCUGUGGUCCCCGGUUCUGCGUGGCUCUGGAGCUGCCGCCUCCUGCCCCCUUACCCGCGUGGGGCCGUUCUUCUGCUCGUUCUCUGUACAAUAAAGGCACCCUGGAGCACA